AUGACCGAUUCUGUGAUCCGAAAUGCUCUGGCGGUAUAUUAUAAGGUAAAAAGUUGUCGAAAAAAUCGAUUUCUUUCUUAAACUCUAAUUCUUAUGCUUUUCUAGAGAGGUAACGAGCUCAACAAGGCCGAACGGAUCCUCAGAACCCAGCAGAAGCCGGAGAAAUCGACAAAAAUGCAGACAGAAGACGUGCAGAGACAAAAAGAGCCAGAUGUUCCCCAAAAGGAACAUAAAAAUCGUCGUAAGAAUGGUUUUGCAACUUAAAAAUACUCUACUUUUUUAUAACUACUCUAAUUUUGCGAUUUUAGCGGGUUUAAAUUUAAAAAAUUCAAAAUUCCCGGAAUUUUUGGCAUUCUGUUUAUUCGUCUGAAAAUGGUUUGAAAAUCGUAGGAUUUGGCUAAAAAUUGUGAAAAAUCAAGAAAAUGAGAUUUUAUGACACCUGUGAAAAUCUCAGAUCGUAUCUUACAGUAGUUAUUGAGAUAUUACACUUUUAAGUUUAAAAAAUAAAAUCGAGUUUUUCGUAAAAAAACGGUAAAUUCCAAAAAUUUUUUUCAAAAAUGAGAUGUUAUUUUUCGUUUUCGUAUUUUACCCAAAUUUUAUUGCAGCAGCUCCUCAGCCGGCGAACGAAUCGGCACUUGUUACAUCUUGUCCCGCGUCAACUGUUCCCUCCAUCGUUGUUGAUCCGAAACACAUCGAAAAGUUCAAAACGCCCUAUCGCAAUCUCCGAUGCAAGGCCGAACAAAGCUGCGCGGUGCAAAUUCGAAACCCUCAGGGCAAUAAUUUUCAAAAAAUUGAGGGCACAAAUGGAGCCCCGAAAAAGAGAGAAAAAACGGGUGAAAUCGUUCGAGCUCGUCGAAAUUUGACAACUUUUGACUCCACAAGAGAACGACUGGUCGUUACAAGCACACCGGUGAGAUUUUAAUAAACUGCCUGUGGCGCUUUUAGGAGGAAAAGUGGAUUUUUUGGGCUAAAACAAUGUUUUUUGAUAUUUGUUUGGUUUUUAGACCACUUCGCCUGCCAGCUUAUCUCAUGAGGUGACGGAAUUGAUUGAGAAGCCCUCUGUGCUCUCCAACGUCGAUCCGGAACUGAUUCAACGGGCUCAAACGGAGGUUGGAGACCGAGUCGCAGAGGCGAUUCAUGUCGCCAUAGAUAAGGUCCUCGGAAUUCAGAGUCCAAAGCAGGAGAGCUACGAAGGCAGAAUCACUGAAUUGGCGCAUGGUGAGUGUUUGAGCGUUUUUUCGGUUAUUUUCUAUGACUUUUGGGUUAGUUUAGGGCGCAGCUCGGACACCUUUUAACGUAUAAAAUGGGUCUUUUUGGAGGGAUAGCGAGAAAAGAAUAGUGUAAUAGGACAAUGUAUGUAAUUUUAGGACUGUCAGGAUGUCAUAAUUAUGACUUUUUAAAAUCUGGGGUUAAUGGCAAGGCCAGGCAUAUUUCGUCGUAUAAAAUGGUACUGAAGCCAAAGAAGCCCUUGAAUUUUUUAAUAAUGAAUUUUUGGCUUCUGUGGGGAAUGCCAAAAUUAUUUUGAGUAUAAUUAUACAUCUUCUUCUUAUGUUUAGGACCUUCGUAUAAAAUGGUCCCGCAGCCUGCAGAAUAAAAAAAUGGGGAUUUAUAGGUAAAAUACGGAUUGGUUAGUUCUCGUUAUGAUAACUUAUAUUUAGAAUUAUUUCCUUUUACUUUUAGACCAAAAAAGGGCAAAGAAAAAUUGGGCCAAACUGAAGGACAACAAGAAGGAUAAGGAGAGACCGGAAUUGGACGUGGAAAAGGUCGCUAAUGCCGUCGUGGAAAAGCUGAAAUUGAUGGAAAAGGAGAAACCAAAGGCUCCGGAGCCAAAGAUCGAAAUCAAAACGAUUGUAAAGAAGGAAGAGGCCACUCAAACUUCUCCAAAACCGGCAAUAAAGAAGAUUCCUAAAGGAAAGAAAAGGUUAACGGACUCUGCGAUCGCGACAAUUCAAGUCAAGACCCCUUCGUGUUGUAAGAAAUCGUGUGGUCAAGUUAUUUAUCCGGGCCGGAUCGAAGUUCGAGAGGUUUUUGUCGAACCGAGAUACGAGGAAUAUCAACAAAAAGAAGUGGAAAAACAGUUGGAAAACUUGAAAAAAGUAAAGUUUAUAACUCUUUCUUACUAGUUUUAUUAAUCUUCGUGCCGAUUUUACCGAAUUGCGGCAAAAAUUUUUGAAAUUAUGUUUUCCCGCCAGAAUUGGCAUUGUGUUUCAGAGAGGUUUUAUAACAUCAAAAUGACAAAUGGGAAAAGAAAAUUACUGUUUGGACCUCAUAAUCCCUCUUAGAUAGUAUCACGGCAAUUUUGAAAUCCAGAAUUUAAAUUUCCCGCCAAAUUUGGCAUUGUGUUUUAGACUGCUUUAGGGGUCGAGAAAGACUAAAGCCAAUGUUAAACUCUCUCUAACACACAAUAAGAUCAUUUAGAUGACCUUAGAUACAAAUUAGGCCCCAAAAAUUCAAAUUUCCCGCCAACUUUGGCAUUCUGUUUCACCCCUUUAAAUUCGGGAUUUUUGAACAAAAAAGUUAAAAUUUAAAGAAUAAAGUGGUAAACCCCUUUUUUAACACAUUUUUCUCAGGAAUCCACCAAAUUUUUGGACGACCGAGUCAGCCUUUCCGACCUCCGCUCGGUCUGUUCCGACUCGGAUACUGCCAUUUCUCGGAGCCCGGAAACACUUGAAAAUGAGUCUUCGGCGACGUCUCCGACUUCUCCAUGCAAGGCGUGGGUUAAGGUAUGAGUUGUUUUUUUUUGUUUUUUUGGAAGGGAUAUUGCGCUUUUUUAAAAUUUUUUGGGCAAAAAUAGCUUUUUUUAUAUUACCCAUAACAAUUUUUUCUUCGAUGUCUGAUUAAUUAAAAAUUUAAAAUCAACUUUUUUACUUGUAUAUAGUAGUAUUAUACUGUUUAUGACUUUUCUCAGCCAUGGAAAGGCUUAUGAGACGAUAGUUUUAUUAGUUAUUUGCUAAUUAUAUUAUUCAUGACGCUUGAUGAAAAGGUCUCAAAUCUUAUCUUUUCAAAAUGAUUUUUCUUUCUGAACGUAUUUUUUGGCCCAUAUAACAUACAAUCAUACCAUUCCGCUGUUCACUGUAACAAAUAUUUUAUCAUUUUUUGACUAAUUAUAUUAACCAUGACAUAUAACACCAAAAAUCUCAGAUUUCCGCUAUUUUUAGACGAGUGCUGUUGCCAAAUCCACUCCCAAAGCAAAGCCACCGGCCAGAUUGGCGGACAGGCGGUCGAAUCAUAAAAUGCCCCGCAUCAAACCAAAAUACGAGAUGUUCGGAAGCCUCAAGGACCACAAGAAGGCUAAAACUGGCAAAGCCAAACGGUCAGUUUCGUCGAUUAGAAGCCGCACUCCGACUGACGAAUCGAGUAUUGUGGAGGCGAAGAACAAUGUCGACUUUACGAUUAUUCCAUCAGCUAAAGUAAGGUUAUACUGUAGUAGAUUGGAGAUGGGGGAAGUAAGGAACUAAAGAGAAAUAUAUAUAUUUUGAUGACUUUUCUAACUAAUUUUGAAGGCGUAUUUUAUCAUUUAAUUGCGGAUUUAUUGUUGAAAUUGUAGUUUUUACAGCAGGAGACAGAAUGCCAAAAAUGGCGGGAAAGUCGAUUUUUGAAUUUAUAACUGUGAAAUAGGUUGAAAUAAAGCUCUAUAGGUUACUGAUUUGACAUUUGGAGGUUUUUGCAAGGCAUAAAUGCCAUUUUUUAGCAGCUAGAACAGAAUGCCAAAAAUGGCGGAAAAGUCAAUUUUUGAAUUCAUAGCUGUGAAAAAGGUGAAAAUAAAGCUCUGUAGACUGCUGAUUUGAUAUCUAGUGACUUUUUUGAGCCAUAAAUUCCGGCUUUUUUCACCUAAAACAGAAUGCCAAAAAUGGCGGGAAAGUUAAUUUUUGAAUUUUUACGGUUUUAAAUUGUGCCUAAAAACGAUAAAUAGAAGAUACAGUCUCUAUAUAGCUUGUAAAAAAAUUUCAGAUUGCGUUUUAGAGAAAUAUUGGAGAUAUUGCGAGCUUUAGGAUCAAUUAUAUUAUACUAGACAAAAUCUCCCAAAUAUUUUAAACUUUGGCCUUUUCAGGUGACCAGAGCCUCAGCUGGAGCCGUCUUCGAAGUUUCCCUCGAUGUUUUUGAUCAAAAGAACGAGUUGCGUCAUCAUCACGUGGUCGGAGAACUUCCGAAUUUUGAGCCUCGAACGCUUUCGGUGAAUGGAAAGCCCUUCAAACGAGUCAAAUCUGGCCGUAAAUAG